UUGUUGCCGCUCUUCUCAUAGUUCCUGUCAGGCAGAUAAAACAAGCAAACAAGCAACCUAAGCACACCACGGUGGUGCAGGGUGGAUCGCGCUCCUCUCCACAUGACACCCAGGCCUGUCUCGCCAUGGUCCACACGGAAGGCGGGGCGAACUAGAGGCCAUCCCUACUCUGACGGGCAGCUGCCUUACCCAACUGGGCCGCAGUGCGUCCCCACGGGGAGGAAGAGAGGAGGCGGCUGGGCCAGUCGUCUGGUGGUGUUGGUGGUGAGUGCAGGCUUCUGAAGCAGUAGGCUGUUGAGUUUUGAUCCUGCCCAGAACACUUGAGUUUUGCUCUGCAAGCAUAUAUAAAACUGGUUUUAUCUGCAUACCUAAGAAUAAAAGGUAAUGGAGACUGAACAACAGGAAGAGACCUUUACCAACACAGAGACAAAUGACCUGUCUACAGGCAAACGUCCUGCAGAAGAUAUGGAAGAAGAACAGGUCUUCAAAAGAUCUCGGAAUACAGAUGAGAUGGUUGAAUUACGCAUCUUGCUUCAAAGCAAAAAUGCUGGAGCAGUGAUUGGAAAAGGUGGCAAAAAUAUUAAGGCACUUCGUACGGACUACAAUGCAAGUGUUUCAGUCCCAGACAGCAGUGGCCCCGAGCGCAUCUUGAGUAUAAGUGCAGAUACAGAGACAAUUGGAGAAAUCUUGAAGAAGAUUAUCCCUACUUUAGAAGAGUAUCAACACUACAAAGGUAGCGACUUUGACUGUGAAUUAAGACUUCUAAUUCAUCAAAGUCUAGCAGGAGGAAUUAUUGGUGUCAAGGGUGCUAAAAUCAAAGAACUCAGAGAGAACACUCAGACUACCAUUAAGCUCUUCCAAGAGUGUUGUCCUCAUUCCACUGAUAGAGUGGUGCUUAUUGGUGGAAAACCUGAUAGAGUUGUGGAAUGUAUAAAGAUUAUCUUGGAUCUUAUCUCUGAGUCUCCAAUUAAAGGACGGGCCCAGCCUUAUGAUCCCAAUUUCUAUGAUGAAACAUAUGACUAUGGUGGCUUCACAAUGAUGUUUGAUGAUAGAAGGGGACGUCCAGUAGGCUUUCCAAUGCGUGGAAGAGGAGGCUUUGAUCGAAUGCCUCCUGGUCGUGGUGGACGACCUAUGCCUCCGUCAAGAAGAGAUUAUGAUGAUAUGAGCCCUCGCAGAGGACCUCCACCACCACCACCAGGUCGUGGUGGCAGAGGUGGCAGCAGAGCUCGUAAUCUUCCUCUUCCUCCUCCACCACCUCCUCGUGGCGGAGAUCUUAUGUCUUAUGACCGAAGGGGUAGACCUGGAGACCGUUAUGAUGGAAUGAUGAUGCAGUGUCAUGUGGAUGCCUGUGAUGACAUGCAGCCACCAGAGUUGUUUGAGAGUGGCUCUGGAUAUGACUAUUCUUACACAGGGGGGCGUGGUUCAUAUGGAGAUCUUGGUGGACCCAUCAUCACAACACAAGUAACGAUUCCCAAAGAUUUGGCAGGAUCUAUUAUUGGAAAGGGAGGCCAGAGAAUCAAACAAAUACGUCAUGAGUCAGGAGCUUCAAUCAAAAUUGAUGAACCACUAGAAGGCUCAGAAGAUCGAAUAAUAACUAUUACAGGAACACAGGACCAGAUACAAAAUGCUCAGUAUUUACUGCAGAACAGUGUGAAGCAGUAUGCAGAUGUUGAAGGAUUCUAAUGCAAGAUUAUUUUUUCUUUUUUAUAGUGUGAAGCAGUAUUCUGGAAAGUUUUUCUAAGACUAGUGAAGAACUGAAGGAGUCCUGCACCUUUUUUUUUUUUUUUUUUUCACCCCCCAACCCCCCCCUUCCCCCUUUUUGCCUGGCCCACCCCCCUCCUUAUUUUUUUAAAAAAUAUCUGCUUCUGUUUAAAAAGCCGACAUUCCUCUGCUUCAUAGGUGUUCUGCAUUUGAGGUGUAGUGGAAUCUGCUGUUCACCAGAUGUAAUGUUUUAGUUCAUUACGAAUAUUUGGGGGAGGGAAAGGCCACACAAGACUUAACGCUGAAAUUUUGAAACAGCAGCAGAGUGUGGAUUUUAUUUUUGUUCAUUGUUGGUGGUAAAGUGUACUGGCUUUUCUGUAACUAUUGUGAGCAUCCUGGUUUAUGUACACUGUACAUUUUUUUUAUUUUUUUUUUUUAAGGGGGAGAAGACUGGUUGUCCACAUGUCCCUGGCAUCCUUUGAGAGCAGUGUGCAGAAUGUAAUGCUCUUUUUUUUAAGAUAUAUAUUUUAUGAUUUUUAAAUAAAUUUAGUGAGCCUAUUAUUGGUUGUCAUUUUUUUAUAUACAAAGGGUAAUACCUAAAAUGGAUACCCUUUUUCCCCCCACAAGAAAAUGCGUAAAUGAAAGUUGCUGUUAAGCUUGCUCUUCUACUACUUUGAUAUAGAUGGAGUUAUGUGUUUUGGCAAAUAACCUCCAGAAAACAGUGGCUCAGCUUUGCUAUUUGGGGAAAAAAGUACAAAAAUAUUAAUGCAAACAUUGUGUGAAAUUUGACCUCUUUUUUUGCACUCUUUGCAGUAAAUAUAUAUGUAUGUUGGUGACAGUAUAUAAAUAAAUAUUUUGAGUUUGUGAUGCCACUGAGUUAACAGUAGGUUAAAUACACCUGGUUCUAGACAGCUUGCUUAAUGCAAAUAAUGUUAAAAAUUGCAGUUGGUGUAUCAUUAAUGAAUGUAGUUUUCAGAGCUUUCACUUGUGUUGGGUAGAAACUUCUACGAAUUGAGAAAUUGGCAGUAUCUAACUUGAUUUUCAUUGUAUACAGAACUUGUUUUCCCUGUUUGUUGAAUUCUGUAUGAAAUAUUUGUGAGAAAUUAAAAAAUAUAAAGUACCUCUGGAUAUUUCAUGUAAUACUUUGGCAUUUGUAUUUAUAGUUUGCAAGUUUUAAUUUCACUUCCUAAAUAAAAACAAUUUUAAAAAUGCAAAAGA